AAUAAAGGGAUUGUGAAAUUAUUUAAAAGAUUGAGUGCGUAUAUUCAUUUUUCGGCGUCCACAACAUCAGAAGUGGUCAUUACCCACUAUGCCUGACACUAAAUGGAAUCAAUUAUCAGUGCUCCAACUAAAGAAGCGGUUGGAAGCUCUUGGACGCCAGACUUCCGGCACAAAAGCGGAACUAAUAGUGCGUCUGCAGGCCAUUUCCCCAGAAACGCGUGGCGAUUCACCGCCAAAUAACGGAUCAGCAGCAGAAGAGGUGGAGGAAUUGGAUGGAGCUGCAGCCUGGCCAAAGCAGAGAGAGCCACAGGGUGGAAACACACGCACGAUCCCGUUCGACGAGCAGUCAUUACAGUCAGAAUCCCCGGAGAACCUCGAUCUGGAUCAGCUAUCGUUGGUGGAUGCAGAGAGAGCCACUCUAAAAAAGCUUCGGGACGAGAUAGAGGCAAACAUGGCUGUGCUGCAGAGGAUCCAAGCGAAUAUCGACGACGCGAACAAGAGCAAGUCUGCUCAUGCUCGCCAGAUCAAUGACGUCAUCGAGAACAACAGCAACGGAAACCACGGCAAUGUUAACAUAUGCGCUAACAGCACCGACGACAAUGUUAACAGCACCAAGGUGGCUAUCGCCGCCGGUAACAUCGAUAUGGGACAUACCAGUGUUGGAAAAGAAACCGUUGGUAGUGUUGUUCAGCACCAGAGUCGGAAUGUAAACAAGCUUCUGGAAUCUCCUGCAACAUCACUUGCCUUGGCAAAAGAGGUAACGAUGGAGUUUGACGGCGGCUUAUGUGCGCGCAAUUGGGUCACGCAGCUUCAGAACAUCGGAAAGAUUUACAAUUUGGACGACGGAUGCAUGCACAUGCUGCUAAUUGCCAAACUAAAAGGAAACGCACAGCGCUGGCUGCACGCAAGCGCCACACGCAUCCUAGAAUCGACCGACCAGCUGUGCGAACAGUUAAUCUUGACAUUCGAGGUCAAGAUGUCAAAAGGGGAACUGAGGAACGCAUUUCAAAAACGCGAAUGGCAUCCGGAUGAGAAAUUUGCUGUUUACUUCGAGGACAAGGUGAUGCUGGCCAACGACAUCAACAUCGAUCUAGAGGAGCUCCUGGAAAACAUCAUUGAAGGAAUCCCAGCACCAGCGUUGCGCAACCAGGCGCGCAUACAGUGUUUCUCCGAGCCGAUGCAAAUUCUGCGGGCUUUCUCGGAAGUCCGUCUGCCGAAGCACAAAACAGGGAGCAGUUCAUCAAAGCGCCUUACUGGAGGAGGUGCAGCCAAUAAGGACUUACGUUGUGCCAAUUGCAACUCCAAAGGGCACUUCGCCAGGGAGUGUCUCAAGCCAAAGAGGGAGCCCGGAUCCUGCUAUGCCUGUGGGGCAUUUGGACACUUCGUCGGACAAUGCCCGGAGCGCAAGAACGCCAAUAUCAACAAUUAUAAUGCCUCAUAGACACAAGGAGUCCAAUAUCAUUUACAAAGUUAAGCAAUGUAUCCAAGGAAAUUAAUUUAGAAUCCGCUUCAGAAACCUAUUUCGGGCUGAAUAAAAGCCAACUGACAAUACAUGGAAAAAUCUUAUGUUACAUUAUAAA